AUGGUAAGCCGCAACAGAGCAGCAAUUCCAGAAUGAAUCCAAACUGAGCCUGGACUGUUCUCGCGCAGUCCAACACACUUCGACCUUACCUGGCCUGUGUUCGGUCGACGUUGACCGCCGCGUUGACGCUCGAGGCGUUCCCUUCCCAAGUCUCGGAACGACACAACGUCGCCGAAAUCGAAGCAAGGUGCGCACUCGAGCUGUAACAUCGUACUCUAUCGGGAUCGGCUGACACCAAGCCCUGCCUACUCUCUCUUUCUCUCUCUCUCUCACCCGUCGCUCCUCCCCACCCACCUCCAGAUCCACUCCCGAAGUCCUCCUCACCCCCCUCGUAAUCUCCCGCAACGCGUCCGAACAAGUGCUCAUCGAACCUUCCAUCAACUCGGUCCGACUCUCGAUCCGCAUCAAACAAGCCGACGACAUCGAACGCAUCCUAGCCCACAAAUUCACCCGCUUCCUCAUGAUGCGCGCCGAAGCGUUCGUCGUCCUCAGGAGGGUUCCCGUCAAAGGGUACGAUAUCAGUUUUUUGAUUACGAACAAGAACGUCGAUGAGAUGAUGAAGCACAAGUUGGUCGAUUUCGUCAUCGAGUGAGUGCGGUCCGAUCCAGCCGAGUUGGGGGUGGGUUGUGCGGCGGUGGAAGAAUAGAUCGACUGACACUCUCUCUCUGUUCCGUCCAUAGAUUCAUGGAAGGUGCGAUCAUCGCGAUCAAACAACGAAGGCCGAAUACUGUAUACUGACACCUUGCCCCCCCCACCUCACCGACUAUGCAGCCGUCGACAAGGAAAUCUCGGAAGCGAAACUAUCGCUCAACGCCCGGGCUCGUAUCGUCGCAGAGUCCUUCUUGUCCACAGUCAGUCGACAAACUAUCGUCUUAGGCAAGUUCAUAAUUGCUGAGUCUGUUCUUUCUUCCCAGUUCGCCUAA